AUGCCCUUAGGCACGGCCAUACAUAACAUAGAAAUCACACUUGGAAAGGGUGCACAAUUUGCUAAAGCAGUGGGUGUUGUAGCGAAACUGAUUGCGAAAGAAGGAAAAUCGGGAACAUUUACAUUACCUUCUGGGGAGGUCCGUUUGACAUCCAAAAAUUUCUCAGCAACAGUCGAACAAGUGGGUAAUGUUGUGGUGAACCAGAAAAAUUUGAGUAGUGUCGGAUCUAAGUGUUGGCUAGGUAAGCGCCCUGUAGUAAGAGGAGUAGUUAUGAACCCUAUAGACCAUCCACACAGGGGUGGUGAAGGGAGGGCCCAAAUUGGUAGAAAACAACCCACAACCCCUUGGGGUUAUCCUAUACUUAGAAAAAGAAGUAAAAAAAGAAAUAAAUGUAGUGAUAAUUUGAUUCUUCGUCGCCGUAGUAAAUAG